AUCAUUUCACAACAGCCAGAGAAGGAAGAAGAAACUUUGAAGGCAAGCGAGUGAGCCACAAGAAAAGGCCAGAGACAUGACCCAAAGGAGAAGAUUGCUUUGACACCCUCCCAGCCCUCCCUUCCCUUCCCUCGUCUGAGUCUGCCGACUCUCAUCGACCAUCCGCCCACCGCCGCGUCCAGCACUAAGGAUCCACCCACCCUCCGUUGAGACUGAGGGACUCGGGGACAUCUUCCUUUCGAUCCAUGGGCCCCGGGUGGGCCUGGCCGCUGCCAGCCUGAACCCGUCAAUUGCGGCGUGAGUUCCAGCCCUCGAGCGUCGGUCGGCCCCGGUCCGCCCCGGUCAUGCGCCCGGAGCUCCGGGUAGGCCCUGGGCGAUUGGCACGCACGGCGAAUCCGUGCCUUCUUCGAAGAUGACUCCCCCGCCCGGCAUCCCGUUGCCACCCACGGCUCCGGGCUCGGAUGGGGACUUCUUCCCGGCGGGCGGCUUGCCGACGAACGCGUUGCAGAGCCCGGGUUGCCCCUCGCUGCCUACGGCCGAUUGGUAUUGGGGCGACAUCUCGCGCGACGAGGUCAACGAGAAGCUCAAAGACACGGUGGACGGCACGUUCCUCGUGCGGAACGCCUCAUCCAAGGGCGGGGAGUACACGCUCACCCUGCGCAAGGGUGGCACCAACAAGUUGGUCAAGAUAGGCCACCAAGAUGGGCGUUACGGUUUUAGCGAGCCCUUUCAAUUCCAGUCGGUGCUCGAACUGGUCGAGUUCUACCAGAACCGCUCGCUCAAGGAAUACAAUCCGGCCUUGGACACCCGGCUCCUUUUCCCCGUGUCCCGUCGACAGGAGGAAGGCGUCGAGCAGGGCUUGGACCCAUUGGCCGUGGCUCAAAAGCUCCAGGACAUCAAUAUGACCUACUUGACGCGCUCGCGUCAGUAUGACAAGUUCUACGACGAUCACCAAUCCACUGCCCAGAGCAUUCAAGACCGACGGCAGGGCGUGUCGGCCUUUGAAGGCACCAUAUCGCUGUUCCAGGAGCAAAUCGCGCUCCACGCCGCCGCCCAAGAAAAGAUCUUUCCGCACGAAAAGACGUCGCUCGAGAAUAACUUUGAGAUCCUCCAGUCCAAGCUCCGCCAGUAUCAGGAACAACUCCAAAAGCUCCGCCAGGAGCUCGAUCGAUUUUACCAGAAGAAUCGCUACUAUGAGCGGGAGAUGAACUCCCUCAAGCCCGAGAUUAUCGAACUGUACAAGCAACGCCAACAGCACCAAGGCUGGCUCCUCAAGCACGGCGAGAGUGAGGACACGGUCACGCGCAUGCUCGAGCAAUCCGCCUUGGACAAUGUGGAGCCACAUACGGCUGGACGGCCCAGUCUCCAAUCCCUGCCCCAUGACGACCCCACCACGUGGCUCAUGAUCGAGCUGGACCGGCGACACGCCGAAGCCGUGCUCGCUGGUCAACCUCACGGCACGUUUCUCAUUCGGAAGUCUCGCGAGGGCAACUUUGCCCUCUCCAUCGUGUGCAAUGGUAAACCCGCGCAUUGUAUCAUAUUCCGCGGGGAACGCGGCUACGGCUUCGCUGAGCCCUACAACAUAUACCGCUCGCUCAAGGACUUGGUGCUUCACUAUGCCAACAACAGCCUGGAGGAGCACAAUCCCAAUCUGAGCAACACCAAACUGAGUCGACCCGUGGGGGCGCCUCCCACCAAUAACCGCAGUCGAGGUUCGAGUCUGUGCUCGAUUUCGGGCGGCGCUGGUGGGGGUGAUGAGCACGCCACCUACAUUGAACCCGGUCGAUUAUGAUGGGAAUUGCUCACGACAUGACAUCUCAAACACACACACUCACACACGUACUGCUGUCCUUCUCAUCCAUGCAUCCAUCCUUUCGGCUUGCCUCUUGGCUCGAGACAGAAUGGAUGGCCUCGACGAUGAUGGAUGUUGAUAGCUUCGAAGACGGACUCCGACGAAAACGCACAUUUAGCCGGAACUCGCUCCGCAUACUUUUUCGUCUUCUUUUUUUCAUGUCUUUGAAACCUUGUCAGGCUGUGGUUCUCCAUGAGAACUCGAACGAAGGGGAGUCGGGUGUUUCCUUCCUGUGCAUGCGCUCUCACUGAAAGAACAAUCGCUCGUUUCGAAGUGUUCAGUGAACAACUACUAGAGAACGAAAGAGAUCUAACCGAGAUCGUUUUGUAUUGUUAUUGUACCGCCACUAUGUUGUUAGUUCAUGGAUUGCCAGUCAAUACAAACCAUAAAGCACUUGGGUGCGAGCCCAGAACCUCAUGGAAAGAAGAGAUCUUCCAUGUCUGUACCGUGCUAUUAAGUCAAUCUUUAUUUCUCUUUUAG